AUGGCAAAAGGACUCGUGAAAGGCUUUGUCUCCAAGCCGCGGCAGACGCCAUCACGGCAAGGCAGCAAUCCUGACUCCCUCGAUGUUACGCCGACUGCAGAUGCUGUCCGGAAACCCGGCAUGCGCCGUCGAAUCUUCCAGGAGGCACGAAGCCGCCUAGAUGAGAAGAAGUCCACGGGCGCCGCUUCAAACAUGGCGUUGCUGAAGAGUGCCGCAGAGUCAUUGACACAGUCCAUCAGGGAAGCCCGACUUGCCCAUGACGUGACUGAACAGAUUCUUGGCUUCAAAGGCCGAGGGCGCCAGAAAGCUUCAAAGAAAGACAUCGCACAAGUGCAACGUCUCCUCCAUGACCUCGAGGCAGACUCAAAUGCAAAGCACAUUGACACCAGGACCUUGAGACAAGUCCUGGCUGAUGUAAAAGCUGCCUUGGACACCGCCCGUCUCAACAACAAGUUGAAGGAGGCAGAACACAUCUUAAUGAAGGUCCACGAGCUGGAGGCCUUGAUUGAAGCUAGCGAGAGUGAGGCGGCUUCUGCUGACCUUGCCCAGGCGCUCGACAGCGCUCGGGCCACAAGUCCAUCGACGACAGCUGUUCCCAAGGCUGUGGACGAGCGCGGGCCAUCGCCAUCACCUUCUGUACACAGCAUGCGAGCAGAUGCAGGCCGAAAGAACAGCUAUGGCGAACGGAGCCCCCAGGCAAGAAGAACUUCGACGCGAUCGCAGCUGCGGAACAUGCUGAGGACUUCCGGGGGGUGGGUGCAACUUCCACCACCAUCGUCCGAGUCGCCCCAUGAACAUCCACCCGACCCGGUCGAGGAUGAGCUCAAGGACCCAGGCUUGCGCAGACGGGAGAGUUGGCUGAAGUGGUGGCCAGAGAAUUGUUUCUCCGAAGGCUACGCGCUGCACGAAAAAGAAGCGUUCUUUGAACGCUUGCCGACUGAUAAGCUAAAUGCAGAAGAGAUGGAGUUGCGCGACGCCAUUAUUGCCUUUCUCGAAAGGUGGAAGGGGCAGGACAUGGCAUCACUGGACGAUAUUGCUCAAGACCCAUGCGUUUUGCAGUGCAUCCGCAAAACCUUGCCCCAAAGCGUGCCCUUGGAGGACUGGGUGCAUCGGCGCCAACGCCUUGGUCGACGGGCUGCACCAGCCUCGCGGCUGGCACCGGAGGCAACGCAAAUGUCAAGGUGGAAGAAGGAUCUGAACAUUUCAGACCCUCUUGAUGACCUCGAACCAGCAAGAUGCCGGAAGUUUCAGCGCCGCGACUCCAGGGAACGCCGCCCCAGUGCAGUCUUUGGCCUGAACUUCUGUGUCAACGACGUGGGCCAAAUAUGUGGGCGAGUUGCAGGUGAUGAUGAAAGCAUUUGCGACCUUCCAUGGCCAAGCACAUCAGUGGUCCCAGAGCAAAAGUCAUUCGAAUGGAUACGUGAAGUAGGCGCCGGUACGCGGCGGCUGCUUCCCAGCGUUACCACACGCGCGAGUGGAAUGGUGUUGGAGGAGGUCAUGGCGUGGCGUUUCUCCCACAGGUAUCGCGCCAGACGAGUGGAGCCAGUCUUGCAGAGAAUGUGGCAGAUGUAUCGAUCGGCAAAGCGGCCCUCCACCGCUCCGAGCUGUGAAUGCGCAUGGUGCCGCGGCAAGCUGCAGUACGACAUCUCCUUGGAAGCCCACGCCUAG